AUGGUCAGCGCUUGGAUGGCUUCCGGGGUAGCUGCUCGAGUAAUCAUAUGCUCAAAUCUAGCAAUAUUGGAGGCCGGAAGACCGUCGGCACGAAAAUCAGAAUUUUCAAGGUGUUGUUGGAGUUUACUGGUUCUUGAUCGGAUUCAUGGCAGCAGUCUCAGAACCAUACCUGCUAUCUCUGACGAGGGAAUACUGCCCGAAAUGCCAACAGCUACCGCGUGCGCAUUGGAACAUGUUCGCGUGGCAGAAUCCACACGCCCCAACGAAGAGAAAGAUGAAGGCAUCAGAUCUUACUCUCUACAACUGUUGAUCACCUGGGGACGUUUGAUGCAAUACCUCAAGAGCGUCAAACAAGGUAAUCGCGAAUACGGAUGGGAAGCCAAUUCCGGUUACGCUCAGAUAAGGGCUCGAAUGUCCGAAUUCGAGACAAUCUUUCCCGAGGCGCAUCGCUUCACGAAUACAAAGUUCUAUGAAAAGACGAGCGCCGAACUGAACAACGACAGAGCAUACUGGGCACCUUGGAUCUUCACACAGUGUAUCUAUCAUACCAUCCACUGCACUUUGAACCACCCAUUCCUCCACGUUGCUCGCAUCCAUGGCGAGCAAAAACUGCGAUCUCCAUCUUUCUUACAGCACGCGAUCGACCAAACCAUUCUUCACUCUAACUGGGUCAUUCAACUGCUCACUCUCUGUGAAGAGAGAGACUUCAAGAUCUAUGAUCCAUUUGUCGCCCACUUGGCCGCUAUGAUAGCAACAGCUCAAUUCUUUUUGAGGUUCUCCAAAGAUGAAGCUCUUGGUUCAAGGGCUACCAGAGCCUUUGAGAGGUUACAAGACUUUGUGGCUAAAUCAGCAAGUGACUAUCCACACCUUCUGCAUACAAAAGCUAAACUAUCCAAACUCGCACAAUUGGCCGCCCCGUACAACGAUGCUACACGAUCAGUACAACCGCCGAAAGUUGAGACGGCCUUACUCUGGGAUUUGCUUGACUAUGCUGUAUCUUCGUCACCGACCACGAGCAGCGGCGGAGGACCGGUGGAUGAUGUCGAGUUGAGCGUGAACACGCAAUUUCUCUUGCCAAUGGACCAAACCACGACUCACUCGGCACUGGGAAUCAUUCCGAUAUCGAACAAUAGCCCGGAGUCCUUUCCUUCUAACUUCUGGGAAGACCCGGCAUUGGCUUUCGAUAUGGCAGACUUCUCAAACUUGCCUGACAUGUCAGCCUUUGCAAUGCCCAAGGACGCCUGGGUCAACGGGCUCCUGUGA